AUGUCAAAUAAAUGUCAUUUCUUCCUUUCAUAACUAUUUAAUUAAGUUAAAAACGAUGAGUGCAAAUGAAAAUUGGAAUUCGGAGGAAUUAGAUUCAGAAACGAUAAAAAAACUAAAAGGGGAUGUAAUCGAAAAUACCGCAUACAGCAAAGGUUUUAUUUUAAAAACUUUAUUAAAGCUCUCAGACUUGAAUUGGAGCGACGAAUUAGAAGAUGAAUUGUGUUUUCUGUGGGAUAUGACUGUUGAAGAAGAAGUUUGUUCCUAUUUAAUAAAAAUAUCGUUUCCUUCGAUCGCAGCAAGUUCAAUUUUGAAAUACAAAGAUUUAACCCGCUUUGUAGAGAUAUUAAUUGGAAUCUUAGGAAAUAUAGUUAGUAAAUUGUGUAUAAAAGAAGUCGAAGUGAUCAACACGGUGUUAGUAUUUAUGGAAAGUGAUGAUCAUUUAAUUUUAAUCCAAGUAAUUCGAUUUAUCAAAGGUUUAGAUCAUUUUAUAAACGACAAUAACGAAAACUUAAUAUACACAAAAAAAGUUAUUGACAGAUUUGGCUUUAUUCUAACUAGUUCGCUUAACAAAGAUUUAUUAUUAAUAACAUUAGAUGUAUUAUCAAAAAUAACAAGCAAUUUUAAAAUUAAAAAUGAAGAUCUAAGCAUUGAUAUUGCUUCAAAGAGUUGGGUUGGUUACUUGGAAAUAGCAAAACAAGAAAAUGAUGAAGUAAUCCAUCAACAAUUCACUUUACAUUUUAUACAACUAAUGUUAAAUCUUUGUUUAUACAUUGAUGAAUUUAAUAAUGACGAAUUACAAAAAGAAAUUAUUAAAAAUAAGAAAGAAAUUUGUGAUCUUCUCUAUAAUGUGUUGAUGACUAAUUUAAAUAGAAUAAAUCUUGAUGAAGGUUUGGAAUUGAUCAAGGAUGAUACAUUAAUUUUUUAUAUUGAAGCUUUCGCAAUUAUUCUACCAUUGAUUAAAUUCGAAUCUAAUGAAAACAUUUUUAGUUUAUUAUUAAAUGUUCUUUUUAAAUUAAUUAGUAAUAAUCUUAGUUUUAGUGAGAGUUUCUUGGAAUUGUUGAUUUAUUUCAUCCCAGAAAUAAGUAAUUCCAACAAACAAAGUAGUUAUUUAAAGAAAAUUAAUUCUGUUUUAGAUUAUUGUAGUAAAAAUAAAUUAGAUUUUAAAGAUUUAGACAAAAUAAGUCGAUUUAAAAACGUUUUGGAUGAAAAAUAAUCUUAGAAAUUUGUAUUCUUUAUAAUAAAUUUAAUA